ACCAAUGCAGGCUUCGACUCCAAACGAUCCUCGCAAAAUCAAUAAAGUACCCUAAUACGUUGCAUUUGUGCUUAGUUUCUGAGCAAUAUAAAACCUCUGAGAAAGAGCCGAGAUUGGAUGAACAAGUCAUUSAUGAAGCUUACGAUCCAAUAUGUCGAAAGCUGAUCUUAUUUUCCAUGGAGCGAAUAUCAUCACCAUGGAUGACAAUCUACCCUCGGCUGAAGCUGUAGCCAUUAAAGAAGGCAAAAUCGUCUUGGUGGGAACCAAAACUGAAGCUUUCAAGUUGGCAGGUCCAGGGACACAAUACGUGGAGCUUCAAGGAAAGGAAACACUUCUUCCCGGCUUCAUCGAACCCCAUCAGCACGCCAUCCAAAUGAUCUUGAAUCGCUGUAUGUACGUCAACUGUGGUGCAUACAAACAUGAAACGUACGACGAGAUCAAGGAACUCAUCGAAACAACAGUGGCUGCAACUGACCCAGCAAGUGGCGAGUGGUGCUUGUUUCUUGGCUGGGAUCCAGAAAUGAUUCCGACAUUACCUAAGCUGCAUUUUGACGUAGUGGAUUCUUUUUCAACUGAAAUCCCUAUAAUUAUCAUUGGGCAGAGUUUUCACGUCGCUUGGUCGAAUCGCAAAGCAUUUCAGGUCGCAGAGAUUCCCGAAAAUAUUGAAGAUCCAGAUGGAGGAGUCUUCGUGAGGGAUGAAGACGGCAAGUUAACGGGACAAAUGCUGGAAUCACCGGCGAUGGUAAAGGUUAUGGCUCGUGCUCCUCAGCCAACAAGCCAGGAGAUAUCAAAAGCUCUCGAAGAACAGUGGGACGAAUACGCCAGAUGUGGAUUCACUACAGUCACUGACCUAGCUUACAUGCCAACUGACACUGAUGUAUUUGUCCAAGAGAAGUCAACGAAGCCCGACUGCCCCAUACGUUUAGCUCUGUAUAAACUGGUUGAUGGUCCAGAAGAUCAAGUUUUAAGAGAAACAGCGUCAGGCUGUAGUGUGCCACCGCCACGACCAAAGAAAAAAGUCGAACAAAAAGUCAAAGAAAACGACAAACUCUGGAUUGCUGGAAUCAAGAUCAUCGCAGACGGGUCCCCUCAUUGUGGCACAGCAGCAGUUCGCGAAGCGUUUCUUGAUACCGAAUUAACAAGACUCCUUGGGUUUCCCCCACCUCCAUGCUUUGGAAUGCUGAACUAUGAUGAUGCUUCUUUGUUGGAGACCGUCAAGUACUGGCACGGGCAGGGAUAUCAAAUUGCUAUACAUACUCAUGGGGAGARAGCAAUCGAGCAAGUUUUGAGAACGUAUGAACAGGCGUUGAAGAGGUCAAACGCAUCUGAUCGUCGUCACCGCAUGGAGCAUCUUGGACUCUGUUGUGAAGGCCACAUGAUCCGGGCAGCAAAAUUGAAAAUUGCUUUAUCCUUCUUUGUGCAACAUCUGUACUUCUAUGCAAAGGCAUAUUCAGAAUCCAUUUUUGGACCAGAGCGUACACGUCGUUGGGCCCCAUUGAGUUUGGCCACAAAGCACAAGCUAACCUGGACCAUCCAUCAGGAUCAUCCUGCAUAUCCCCUGCCUCCUGAGCCUUUUGCCAACAUGAUGACAGCAGUUACACGAACAAGAAAAGGAGAACCCAACAUUGUCUAUGGAAAGGAGUACCGCGUGCCUAUACAAGAAGCACUGAAAGCAUACACCAUCAAUGCAGCCUGGCAGAUCCACAAGGAGAAGGAGCUUGGUAGUUUGACAGUGGGGAAGAAAGCAGAUCUUGUGAUUCUGAGUAAGAACCCAUUACAAGUGGAUCCAUUCAAGUUGGUAGACAUCAAGKUUAUUGACACCUAUUUGGAUGGGAAGUGCAAUAAUUUGAAACAUAGGAAAUAACUUGUUGAUAAUAGACACAGUAACAGUUGUAAUAGUAGGAACAAUGGUGAUUAUAAUAACUUGGUUAACAUACGUUCACUAAAUGAAAUCACAUUUCUUGAUGAUCGUGAUACUCACUCUUUUCAAGAACGGCAAUGUAUUUGAAAAAAGUUAAAACAGGCACCKAUCCAAUUUUCAAUUUUGAUGCACAUUUAACAAAGUCAAUGUAUUUGAAAAAAGUUAAAACAGGCACCUAUCCAAUUUUCAAUUUUGAUGCACAUUCGUAAAAUAAUUUUUUACAAUAACUUACAAAUUUCUCGCGCACUGAUUG